AUGGCGUCCCUGGAGGAGGAGUUGACGUGUUCAGUGUGCCGCGACGUCUUCAGCCAGGCCCAGCCCUUGCCGUGCGGCCACAGCUUCUGCCCAGCCUGUGUGCGAGACGCCUGGGGCCACGGGGAGGCGGGGGUCAGGGGUCGCUUCACCUGCGCACAGUGUCAGGAGGAACAGGGGGUUGUGGCGUGUGACUGCUGCCCCCCUGUGGGGGACGGGGACCAGUCUGGGAACGCUGCAGCGGUGAAGACCUGUCUGCGCUGUGAGGUGUCUCUGUGUGCUGAGCACCUGAAGCCCCACCUGGAGCGGCCCGCCUUCAAGACACACCUGCUAGUGGAACCUCUGGGAGACCUGUCCCACCGCAGGUGUCCUGCCCAUGAGGAGAUGUUCCGCUACUACUGUGCAGACGAGCGGGUGUACGUGUGUGCAGACUGUUUAUUGGAGGGUGGCCACGCACAGCACCGGGUUAAAGGACUGAGGAAGGUGGAGGAGGACCUCAAGGUCAUCCUCCAGAGCCUUCUCCAGAAAGCAGAUGAGAAGCUGAAUAAAGGUGAACAGAUCCUCCAAGAGCACCGGAACACUGACCGCACUAUAACAGACUUGUCUGUGGCAGAUGACUCCCAGGUGGAGCGUAUGGGUAUAGCCCUGCAGCUGCAGGUGGAGAGGCUGGUGCUGGCCCUGAGGGAGAGCACCAGGAAGGAGAGGCAGCAGGCCGUGGAGCGCCUCCAGAACAACUGCAGCAGGGUUAGAGAGGACCUGAGCCAGACCCAGGACAUCCACCACUACCUGGGAUCCUUGCUGGAGGAGACAGACCCCUUCCUGCUCAUCUGGGCAUUUCAAUCUGAUGACUCAAGGCUGCUUGCGGACCUGAACUGUCCCCUGUUCACUCCUGACUCCCUCAGCCUGGACAGGAAGUAUAUUAUGGAGGAUAUCGAGAGCAAGUACAGAGAGUUCAUCACCGAGACACUGCGCUGUCUCACCGAACUCAAGAGAGAGCUCUUAACAAGUCAGCUGACCCUGGACACUAACUCUGCCCAUCCUCUCCUGAGCAUUUCGGACGGCCUGCGGUCAGCCAUGCGGGUCAAACAGCGCCUUCCGUGUGCCACUCACCCUGACCGCUUUGACCACUGGGCUCAAGUCCUGACCGUCCAGACCUUCUCCUCAGGAACCCAUUACUGGGAGCUGGAGGCAGAGGGCUUCUGGGACAUUGCGGUGUCCUACCGGAGCAUCGGGCGGAAAGGGAAGGAGGGCACUGCCUUUGGAAAUAACAAGAUGUCUUGGAGCCUGACGCAGCAGCACGACAGGAAGCUGGCUGCCUGGCACAACCGCAGGAAGACCCGCCUUUCCAGCCGGAUGUCAGGCAACCGUGUGGGUGUGGCCCUGGAUUAUGGCAUAGGCACAAUCACUUUCUCAGAGGUGGGGCCUUCCAACACCCUGACCCACUUGCACACCUUCAGCACAUCCUUCAACCAGCCGGUGUGCCUAGGCUUUGGCCUCUACAAGGCUGAGCUCCACAGCAGAAUCUCUAUAGUGAGGGUGUGA